CCCACCCAUUAUCCUCUCUCAUUUCUCAGCUUGGCAAAUUCCAUCAAUCCAAGCUUUUCAUUCUUCAAAAAACACCCCCAAUUCAGUUUCCAAACCGAAAUUUGCAACAAACAUCCAAAAUGCAGUCAUUAGCUCCAUCUUCAUCUGUCAGCAUCAAAUCCAUUAUUCGAAAACCGUCACCGCGGUUAUCUAACACGCACCGGGUCAGCCACCUCACAAUACAGUCAUCUGCCAGCCGGUUCGACUCGGCUCAAAACACUACGACCAAUAAUCCUUCAUCAGUUUCAGCAACAUCUUUCAAUUUACCCAAUAACAACAGCUUCACGCCAGGCGGUGUGGGCAAAAACCGCACCGACUGGCAGAGCAGUUGUGCUAUUUUAGCUAGUAAAGUCGUUUCUCAGCAACAGAAUACCGAAAAAAGCGGAGGUCAAGAUAACUUAACCGUGGUUAACGGACAUAAGACACUAGAUCUGGUAUCUGUACCUGUAACCAUUGAUAACAACUUGCCGAAACCGCUUAGUAUUGCUGAUCUGUCACCAGCACCGCUUCAUGGCAACACCUUGCGCGUGGCUUACCAAGGCGUCCCCGGCGCGUACAGUGAAGCCGCCGCCGGAAAAGCUUAUCCGGAAUGUGAGGCUAUUCCUUGUGAUCAAUUUGAAGUUGCAUUUCAAGCUGUGGAACUAUGGAUUGCAGAUCGUGCUGUUUUGCCGGUGGAGAAUUCUCUUGGCGGAAGUAUUCACCGGAACUAUGAUUUGCUUCUCCGGCACCGGCUUCAUAUUGUCGGUGAAGUUCAACUACCUGUUCAUCAUUGUUUGUUAGCGUUGCCUGGUGUUCGGAAAGAAUUCAUAAACCGUGUUAUUAGUCAUCCGCAAGCGUUAGCUCAGUGCGAGCAAACGCUUACGAAGAAGCUUGGUCCAACCGUCACGCGUGAGGCGGUAGAUGAUACCGCUGGCGCGGCGGAAUUUAUCGCGGAGAAUAAUCUCCGCGAUACAGCAGCGAUUGCGUCUGCACGCGCUGCUGAGUUAUACAAUUUAAAUAUCUUGGCUGACGGUAUCCAAGACGAUUUAAGUAAUAUCACUCGGUUUGUAAUGCUUGCACGUGAGCCGAUUAUUCCACGAACGGAUAGACCUUUUAAAACUAGCAUAGUAUUCGCACACGAUAAAGGAACGUCGGUUUUGUUUAAAGUGUUGUCUGCGUUCGCUUUUAGAAACAUCAGUUUGACUAAAAUCGAAAGCAGACCACACCGAAACAGGCCGAUUAGGCUUGUGGAUGAUGCAAAUGUGGGAACCGCUAAGCAUUUUGAGUAUAUGUUUUAUGUGGAUUUUGAAGCAUCAAUGGCUGAUGUUAGGGCCCAAAAUGCAUUGGCUGAGGUUCAAGAAUUUACAUCUUUUUUGAGGGUGUUGGGUAGCUACCCUAUGGAUAUGACUCCUUGGUCUCCUUCUAGAGAAGAAUGAUUUUAUGAUGUCAUUAAUUUAUGUAUAUUUAUCACUUCAAAAGUUAAAUCCCUCAUUUUAUUAUUAUAAGUUUCUAUUUUGUUCAAGUUAUGGUUCAUUAUUUACUUGUAACAAUGUGAAUACAAAAUUUACCUGGAUAUUUCAUUA